GUUCAAAUUUAUAUGUUUACUUUCAAAUCAAGACGCACUCAACUCAACUGCUGAAUUGACAAAGAAAAGAAAUCAAAUUUUUGAGUUGUUUCGAGAUUGUCAAAAUUUUGAAGAAUUUUUCCAAAUAUUUGAACACGAUAGCGUUAAUGAACUGGAACUCUACUACAUAAAAGAUUGAUUAAAGUGGACACUUUCGUUGUCUUAUAUUGUAAGGAGUUACCUUUCUGUGUGUGCAGGUGGUGGGCAUGAAGACGACAUCUUCUCCUAAAUCACAUAAAAUGAAUUUAAAUACGAACCACCAAAAAACCAAUUCAAUUUGAAACAGUCACCAUUCGUCACCGGAGGCUUUUUUCGACAGAAUGGGUUACAAUUUUAUAUGACGGAGAACAAGUAGUUGGAGUAGCAACGCCACUAUUUCUAGGACGAGAUUUGUCCCUAUUAAUCCAUUCCUAACUUAACUUAUUGCCUUAUAAAUUACCUACACUUUUUCCAAUCCAUUAUGAUGGAGGGAUACUCGGCUUAUGUGAUUCCAUCGGAAGAUGUUCUCCUUGGGACGCAGACUGGGCGACAUUUAUCCCCCGUGCGUCGAUUCUUUUGCCUUUUAGUCACGUUCGACCUCCUCUUCACAAUUCUGCUCUGGGUGCUCUCUAUAAUUCUUGCUAAAGGUGCAACGUCUAUAUUUGAUGCUUUCGAGACCGAAGUCUUGCAAUAUAAAUUUGAACUUCGACUUUUCGAUGUUGUGAUGUGUGCCGGAAUUCGGUUCGUGUUCCUCCUCUUAUUUUACGCCCUUUUGAGGUGUCAUCAUUGGCUUCCUGUUGCCUUGACUACAGCUCUGACAUGCGCUUUCCUCCUUGUCAAAGUAUUUUUGUUUCAUUGGGACACAUUGAACAAUGCAACGUAUCCAGUGAUGCUCAUCCUAUCAAGUUUUGUCCUUUCCUGGUCUGAAGCCUGGUUCUUUGACUUUCGUCUCAUUCCACAAGAAAUCCAGGCCGCCAUGUUUCACGCAAGGCAAUCAUCGGGUGGAGUUGGAGGAGAGAGUCAACGAGUCAUCACUUGGCUGGGACGUUCCGUAUCACAAAUUGCUCAAAACGUGCCCAUUCAACGAAGCUAUCCAGCAUCCACGGCGGAUUUUUUCUCCCUCCCGGAGUCACCAAUGACCUCGGAUGAUGAGGAUUCAGAGACCGAGUCGAUGGAAAAAAGGGCGAGGCGGCUGUAUAAGGCGAAUAACGUACUCCCAGAAUCGCCAGAGUGCAAGUUAUGGAUUCAACAGGCUCCCACGAUGUCGGACAAACUGCUAGCUCGUGUCCAACAGUCGGGCUGGGUUCUAGAGAAAACCUCGGAUAAUGGAGAUAGCGUUUUUAUUCUAAAGUCUCCCAGAAAAGUGUUUAUGAUUUCGGGAACGUUGACCGCACCACCUGCUAAAGUUGCGUUCGAACUGUUUCAAAGGUUUGAAUACAUGCCGCGUUGGAAUCCUGCUGUGACACAGUGUGAAAUUAUUCAGCGACUCGGACCUAGCACGGAUGUGAGUUACCAAGUCAGCAAGGAGGGCGCCGGAGGGGCUGUGUCGCCUCGAGACUUUGUUACACUGCGACACCAUAAAAUAUGUCCAGAUGGGAUACACAUCUUGGCUUCGGAAUCAGUGAAACAUCCAGCGAAACCGAAACAGCCAAAAAUUACAAGAGCGUUCAACGGAACGAUGGGAUUUGUCCUGAGUCCAGUGGAUGGUCAGCCGUGUCGCACCACGUUCCAGUGGGUGUUGGACGUGGAUCUCCAGAUUCCUGCUUGGAUCCCACGAGCCAUGGUUGACAAAGCCUUCAUCACUGCUUCACUUGAAACGAUGAUUUGUCUCAGAGCUAAACUCGCCAUGACGGUGGACCAAAUCCCGUUGGAAAGUGUCGAUCCCGGUACAGAUGCCGUAGCUGGUCCAUCAGUACUGCAGUAGAGGGAUUACAAAAUAAUAGAGGCUCGCAUAUUUAUCCUGUUCCAUUCCCAGUAAUUAAUGUUAACCACUCGAAUGACAUUUGUUCAGAAUUAUUUGUAGCUGUAGUUAAUUUGCCGGCCGAGUUUUGACUGAAUUUGGGAGAGAUAUUGCCCCUUGUUUUGCAAUAUCAACAGACUAUAGAUUGCUUAUACUGGAGAGACGAAAUAGUUAUUAAUUAAUUAAUAGUGACUACCUAAACACGUUCGAAAUACAUACUUAAUUUACGUCCUUGUAGUUUGUUCUUAGUAUAUUUAAUUUAUAUAUUUUGCGGAGAUUUGUACAUCAAAGAGAUUUUCACUUCAUUUGUAACCCAUCCAGACCGACCAUACCGUGAGGCUUCACUUUCUCCGAUUUAUUUUGACUUGUUCUCCUACUCCUUCAUUCAAUACCAGAUCAGCCUACUAACUAACUAUCCUACUAAUUUUAAUGAAACUGUGAUAUUGUGCAACGCUAUGUAUGUAGAACAAGAAAAUAAUAAGUGAAUUAAGAACUAUUAAAAAGGUUACGUAAUUUCUAGUCUUCCAUGAAUUUAUAUGCUUCUCUUUAACCUUAUAAAAAAUAUCUUAUCUCUAUACGAGGACAAUAUUGUGAAAAUCUGUAACUUAUUAAUACCAAGAACUGUUAAUGUAAGUAUUUCAUAUAUGGGAAUUAAUUACUUGCUAAUUUUUUUAAAGGAUAUUUAUACAUAUCUAUUAAGCUGUCACAUAUGUUCGGUUGUUCUGUUCGUAAUGCUGCUACAUUAUGCUGCUUAGAUGAAAAGUGAAGUGACAAUCUAUAGGUGAAAUAUAUCAGGUUUUAUAAACGGUUUGUUCAGUUCAGAGAAUAAAAGCACGUGAAAAAGAUA